ACAGAACUCUAUUGGCGCGCCAUACUUUCUAUUGUUAAAAAUCCGGCGGCCGAAAUGAUCAUUUAGGAGGAUUUUGGAAGUGGUCUAAACCAUACCACCACACGCUAAAUAGAAAUUAUUUCAGGCCAGCUGCAUUGUUGCAAAAUGAAAUCUCAUAAUAGCAAGUCUACUGUAUCAGUUACAGAGAAACGUUGUACAGGCCAACAAUCAACGUUAGGUAAUACGAAAAAGACAGCCAAGAAGCAGAAAAGAGGUUUGAUAAUGGAUAAUGAUGACAAGAGUCAACAAAAACUGUGUAGGAUUUCAGGAGAAGAUGCAGUGAAGGAACAGUCUCCAACUGAUAACACUCAAUUUCCAAUCGUAAUUAGCUCCAAAAGGAAACACAGGGAUAGAUGUAGCCAGUAUGAAAAUGUAGAUUCCAACUGGAAGGCACUAUUUCAGACAUUACCAAGAAAUGAAAAUAUUGUUGCCAAAUUUCAUAAAAGAAAAAAGGUAAAAAUACAAAAGACAGACAAGAAAGGUGUCUGGUAAGUAAUUACUUUUGUUGCUGACCCAUGACCCCAUUGUGAAUUUGUUU